AUGCAAAGCUUUUACCAAGGUUUAAUUUUGUUCCUUUCACUUUUUCAACGUGGACUCGCGGGCCAAUUUAGCGUCAAUCAAGAAAACUCGUGUCGUUCUGAUCGUUGUUCCAGUGAAGAUCGAGGACCCUGUCUAGAUGAUGGAGAAAAGAAGCUAUACCGCUGGGAUCCUGUUAAGGUUUGUCAGUUAUUUAACGAAUCAAAACACAAAUGAAGGUUAUAUUUAAAGAUUAUAGCGAUUUAUAGCAAAGAUGAAACUACCACCGUGGUGGUUUCUCACCGGUUUCAACACUAAUUAAAGUAGAUGGCGUAUUUUUUUUUUGUCUCGCUAAGAUAUAGUUCACUUCAUUGUCGAGCUAAAUUAUUCUGCGAAUGUAUUUAUUAGUGCUGGUUUUCUAAAUGUAGAUUACACACCAUUUUACAGCAGAUGUCAGCUUAUUUUCACGCACUGAUGACUUAAAAACAAAAACAACGGUGGAAAUUACUUGUCGUUGAACUGUUCAACUGUCUGUCAUGAACUUCCUCCGAUUUCUCAAAAAAAAAAGCACGCGUCCACACGUCGCGUAUUUAAAUCAUUUUUGCCCGUCCACAUGGGGUCCACAUGUUGCGCUAAAACGAUGGAAAAACGAUAGCAUGUUUUACAGAACUUGCGCAUGGCUAGUAGUAUACCAGAAAUACGUGAAUCCCAGAGCCUCGCGAAGCAUAGGUUAUGUAAGGGCCAAAAGUAGAAAGAAAGGGAAAGAAGCCAAUAGAAAAAAGAGAAUAUAUCAUCAAUUAUGACGGAUAUCAUAACCUUUUCAAGAACCUCCUUUCUCGUCCGUCGUCACGUAAACGAGUAGCCGGCGUUUUCACGAAUAUACAUUAUGGGGACCAUUUUUGAGAACCCGUCGCGUUUUUGGUGCCUGAAACGGCGAACUCCGUUUACGCGUGGACGGAGGGCUAAAACGGAAAAAAAUCCGGGAUCUUAAUCAAGCCUAGGUAAACUCCGUUUAAAUUAUCGGUCCUUACUGAUUUAAUCAUCUGAUUUCUUCAUAGGUUGGAUACAAAAGAAGACUGAAACUUGAAGGAGACAAGGUUUAUACCAUGAUUACAAAGGCCAUAGACCCACCUAUUUUUGGUAAAGACAGUUUUCAGUUUAAGAACCGUACUUUUAUACAGCCGUUUGCGACUUCCAAACUAGAUUCUAGAGAACUUUUGCCGUAUACAUUGUUUGUCUAAAGGUUGCGAAGUCUAUUUUAUCAACCAAGCCCUUGCAGAACUUCAUCUUUUGCAACACAUAUAAAAAUCAUAGAAAAUACUUUGACACAGUGAAGCAGUAAGACCUAAAUAGUUGCAGGGAAACGGGCAUUUAUUUAUGAUGUCAGUGAGACUGAGAGAAGACGAACAUGAAACUUCACGCUUGUUAUAACACUGAGUGCAGUAAUCUGAAUCAGUGACUUAACUACUAUAACCAGUGAACUGUUUUCAUCUGCUUCUUUUGUAGAAAUUCCAGAUUUCAUGACUCCAGAGGAAGCUGACCACAUCAUUGAACUAGCUGAAGAGAGUGGCUUCGCUAAAAGUGAUAUCCACCUAGACCCUAAGGCUAAAGAGCAUGCGCAAACAUUGAGAUCAAUGGAAGGUAAUGUUCUGUUAAAAUAUUACUUAUUAAUACCCAGUAAAAUUGUUCAGUUUGCUAGGAAACGUUUGCCAGCGUUUUCUCUAAUCCUGGCUCGUGCGUUGAUAGCCUCUCGUGCUCCCUCCCCUCCAGUACAUGCUUCGAGUUCGUUUCCUGCACUUCCCUUUUCGCGUUUUUUGUUACGCUGAAGUUGGGCCAUUUUCUCUACCAAGAUAUGUUUCUUUAUUUUUUCGGGUAGUUCAGUCUAAUUAGUUAACUUCUUUUGCUGCUUAAUUUUCAUUGGUUGUUGACUGUCCGACUUUAACUGUCCAAUUGAAGCAAGCAGCAUCUUAACAGGACAAAUCGGACAAGUCAGAAAAUAGGGCUGCCUUCGCUAGAUUUAUAAACAGGAGUGAAUAAGGACUAACAGAUGUAAUCGGAUUCGAACAUAUUGUUGGACACGAUGACAUUUUUAAAUUGCCUACCUGCACUAUAGGUCAUUCUAAUAGCUCUGCUGGUUAUUUUCUGAACUGGGACUUGAACAGAGAUUACGAAAUCACAAAAGAUGAGGUAGGUCUUCAUGAGGUCUUGGUCUCAGAUCUAUUUUAUAACUCUGCGCAUGUUUAACAAAAUUUCAGUCUAUUGUCGAAUAGUCAUUGAAGAAUAAUAAUAUUUUUUAACUUAGGAAACCUUUUAUUUCUUUAAUUAUUAAUUAAUUAAUAUAUUUGUAUAGGUAAUAGCAUGAUUUGUAGUGAUAUUUGGCAUAAAUACCACGAGUGAUAUUUCGAAAUUGUUAUACGUAAUUUCACGAGCCGUUAGGCGAGUGAAAUUUGAGACAAUUUUGAAAUAUCACGAGCGGUAUCUAUGCCAAAUAUCACAUACAAAUCAUGCUAUUUUUUGUUUAUACUACUACCAGCUAAAGGUUUGUAAUUUUCACAUGUAGGUAUUUCAAAUUAAGCUGAAAUACCACUGCUCUAAGCCAAUCAGAUUGCAGAAAUUUCUCAUGUAGUAGUAUAAACUUAUUUAACUCAAUGACUAUCGAUUUCCUCUCAAAUUGGCGGAUGAAAGUAAACUACACUAACUUCUAUGGCAAGUUGUCAUCUAACGACCAGUAGUUCCUUAUAAUAAGACGAAAAACUCAAUAAACAGCAAGACGAGAUCUUUUUAGAGUACGAGAUGAAAUGAUCUAUCGCCCCAUGCAAGGGAAUCCAAGACAGUCUUGAAUACUGGAUUUCAUGCCAUGUAUUCCGGAUUCGCUGGUAGUAGAACUUGGAUUCCGGAAUCCAGUCGUCAGUGGGAUCCGGAAUCGUUAAACAGCAUUCCGGAUUCCACUAGCAAAACGUUCUCGCAUUCCCUUUCACGGAGCGAUUUCUACGCUUUACGCAGCCAAGGACAAACAGUUUCUGCCUUUAUAAGGCAAUUAAAUUUAUUACUUGGAUGCUCUGUAAGACGUAUUCACUGCAGUCCUACGACGUUUCUUUUCACUCAUGGGUGUCCUUUUUCUACGCAGGUAAUAGAGUUUGCUAAAAAGUUUAAAUUUCUGUACAUGAACCUAAAGGAAGUAGACGAAAUGUAAGUUUAUACGUAUCGUUUCUUUCAUUUGCGGCCAUCUAAACUGCGCGCAAGAUUUACUUUAUCACAUGUCUAUGGUUCCUAAAAUUACAAUAAUAGAUAAGAUAAUAGUAAAGGCAUGAUAAUUUCAUUUACGUGGUUAGUACCGUGACUGACACGUCACAAGGCGUCCUUGGAGGCUAAGGGGUAGCAGAUUUGGACGGGAUAUUUACAAGCUAAAUCUCUGCAGGCGAAGAUCACAACAAGAACGGGAGAACCUAUCCUAGAGCCAGUUACAAAGGCUUAAAAAAUUCCCGCUUCUUAUUGGCUAAAAUAAACAAUAAUAAUAGUGUUGUUGACGAUGGUUGCGAUGACAAUGACGAUGACUAUGGCGAUGACGAUGACGACGAUGGUGAUGAUGAUAAUAACAAUGAUAAUGAUGAUGAUGAUGAUGAUAAUGAGUGUGAGGUCCAUGGGUACUAUAUAGUAAUGGGUUUUUAUAUUGCGGUGGCUCCGUUCCAUCAAGAAGGCUCACAAACUCAAUUAUGACGUAAUUUACAUUUUUAUGUAGAUGUGUUGAUUAAAUGAAAAAAAGGAAAGAGACGAAUAAUUAACUAAUAUCUCUUGUUGCUUGCAGGAUAGAGACUUUGGAUCUUAAAGAAUUUGAUGACGGUUUGUAACUAAAUAUUUUGUAAUGAGUAAAGUUUAUGUACGUAUUCCCCUUUUCUUCGCAAAGAUAGUUCGUUUUUGGUACCAUGUAAUGAAAAUAUAUGUCUAAAAUAUAUUUUUUAACAAUACUGGUCGGAAGUUGGCUUUUCAUUUGACUCCUCUUUAAAGGGGACAGGGGAGAAAAAGGAGGAAUCCCUUCACUCAAGACUAGAGAACAAGCAGCACUAGUUAUGAUGAUGAUGACGAUGAUGAUGAUUUGUUUAUUCAUUCAUUUAUAAAUUUAUAAAUUGAAUCCUUAUUUCCUUCCAAAAAAUUCAAAAGAAUCUAUGGCAGUUGUUUAAAUUUCGUUUCUUGCACAAUAAUAUUGAAAAAAAAAUUAAAGAAAGAAAGAUAAGCUUGGAGCUAGGUUUUAUAAGGUAGAUCAUCAACGUCAUUGCAACCUAUCCCAAUAAAUGCUUUCGACUAUUACUUGUAUUAUCAACAGAGGUCGUAGGAUAUGAAGAAUGGAGAUCAUUGAAGACGCACGCCAUUGAUAUGUACAUGAAUGAUAUGAAAGAGAAGCAUCCUCACCAUAGAGAUCGAUUUAGCGAUCAAGUAUGGCUCUUCCAACACGUCGAUCCAACACUACUGAGGCUUAAACAAAGGUAAACUUAACAAUUUCCGUUGAUAAAACGACAACAACACAACAACAGCAGCAACAAAAAAAAUGCGGUGCCGUGGAACGUACAUAAACGGAAGUGUACAUAAUCUUGUGGGUUUCCUUGAUUAUAAAAACUUUCUCCACCCUCUCCCCCUUUCCCUCCAUAUUAAAAUUUUCAAAGUCGUCUGAUAAUAGUUCCAAGAGUAAGACUGAUGGCAAAAGUUCCCUCAGUAACAUUUCGUUUUCAGAUAAAUUCUAGUAGUGGUAAGGGAGCGGUCAUUAACUAUUGGGGGGGGGAGGGCUGGUAAAUUUUGGGGGAGGGCUGUGUUUUUUUGGGCGCCCAUUUGGGGUGGGCCAUAAUUUUAUGGGCCCACGUUUUAUAGGGGAGGGUUACAAUUUCUGGGCGCCUUUUAUUAAAACUUUGGGCGAUGUGCACAAAUGGGUUUUGUGCUAUUGACUUUAGCAUGGCAAGAGAAUCUUCAUAGAAUCGUAUACUCAAAGCUUAAUUGCACAGUGAAAAAGCUCACACCCAGAACAAUUUUAUAAACAUCACUUGAUUUAUUGUUAUUUUAAAAAAUCAACAAAUUCUGGUAUGCUAUAAAACUCAAUCAGUCUUAAACAGUAACGGUAUCAAACAUAUUGCCAAUGUCCAGUGAAGAUGUAUAAACGACUACUCAAUGGGCUCAUAGUAAGGAGUGCAUUCCAUUGUGUUCCAGUAGGGGCCAAUGUCUUCUGCACUGCUGCUGUCGUAUGCUUCCACUGCAGUAAAGACACUUCCCGAAUCCUCCUCCUGACAUUGUUCAGUUACAUCACCAUCAUCGGCCCCGUCAUCGCUAUUUCUUUCACUGUCUUUGCUGUCAUUGAUGCUACUUAGGUUGUCUUGGUCGCUACUUUCAUCGCCGUCACUUGCAUUAGAGCUACUCUCACUUUCAGAAAACCCUAACAUUGUUCUAAGCUCUGAUUUCGCGCUGUCAUUCAAAAGUUCGCACUGAUCAAACAUCAAAGCUACCGCCCAUUUCUGCUCUCUUUUCCAAGUUCUUUUACGAUGUCUCCGCACAAAUCCUCCUUCUCACAAAUCUUACCCUCCGACCAAUCAGGCGCAAUCUUCUUGAGAACCUCAGUCGUCCUGGCCACAUGCCUCGCCUUUUUCCGCUUCACACUCUUUUGGGUAUUUUGUUUCCUUUUCUUGAUUUUCUUUUCAUUGCAGAAAAGGGGUGCUUAAAUGCUGCUUUGCAGGUUUCUUGGAGCUGACUUAGACUAGUUAUUAAAGUGUGUAAUUCAUUUCUAAAACCCUGCAAUUCGGUUAGCUUUUGCUCAUCAAAGUCAUGUGCAGUUUUAUGUCCUGUUAAAACUCUACCUGAUGAAUGGAUUGUUCUUUCUAAGUGUUCCUUUAGGUUUUUUUGUAAAGUUUCGAUUGAAGUUUCGACCCUCUUUAUGUGUAACAUGUUCUGCGUUAUGGUCGUUGAAUCAUGCGGCUUGAGAAUGUGGUUUUCUCUUAGAAGAAAUCCAGCCUUAGAAGGAUCCUUUACAGAUUUCAGUUGCGCUAAUUGCUCUCUAAUUUUUUUUACCGCCUUCUCAUUGUCGUAUUCCCUUCUCGCUUCUUCAUGGAAUGCUUUCUUAAAGGCCUUCUUGUUUCCACCAAAAUAGCCAACCCGUUCCAAAUAAAAUGAUUCGUACACUUAGGAACGCUAAAGAAACUGAAAGUUAAGAUCUUAGACCUGUAUGUCAUGGAAAGGAAGCUAAAGCAUUCCAAAGGAGCACUGAAGCAAGAAAAAAUAGACCUCAUAACCAUAGACAUUGCUAAGAAGAUAAUUGAAGGUAGCGAAAAUCUCGAUGACAGCGAUUGUGACGAUGAUGUUGAUGAUGACAUUGAUGAUGGCAAUGAUGAUGGUGUCUUGGACGAAAUCGGAGAGGAUGAUAGCGAUGAUGACAUCAGUGAGGAUUCUGAUGAGGACCAGGAGGAAGACGAAUCGGUCCAGCAGGAAAAUAACUUUGAAAAUCUUUUGCACACCACACGAUAUGGCCGAACUUGCAGGACCUGGAGGGGUCGAGCAAGAGCUGCGGACUUCUCUUGAAUAGAGACAGCUCUCGCUGAUCCGUUAUUAAAUACGCACAAUUUGUUCACUCUUGAAAUUGACUACAAAACAGGAAUUCAAUGAGUAACAACGGGGCUGUUUAAUGUACGGGUUCCCUUUACUUGGUGAACCAUUGGGUUUUGUAAAUAGUGUAUUAAAAUAGUAACACUUUUUUCUUAUUCCAGUGAAAUAAUUGUCUCAAAAUAACGUUCGUAAAAAAAUCAAAAGUUUUUCACAGGGGAGGGUUACAAUUUUUUGGGCUCACAUUUUAAAGGGGGCCAAGAUUUUUGGGCUGUUAACCUGAGAGGGGCUAACAUUUUUGGGCUCUAACCUUUGAAAUAAUACCGACCCUCCCCCCCCAAUAGUUAAUGACCGCUCCCUAACGAAAAGAGGUAGAUACCACUCUUGCUGAAAUACUUCUUCAUAAUACAUAAUUUUCACUAAAUUCAUCUGUCAAAGUUUUUGAGAUGUGAUUGGCUGUGUGGACGGACAGGAGGAUCCAAGGAAAAAACUAAUAAGAAUUUACAUACAAAAGUGUAUGUAGAGUUUAUCAAAAGACCUGUGCGCGUAUAGUGUACCUGGUUCUCUACACCUUCAUCAUCUUCAUCAUUCAUAUCAUUAUAUUUAUCUUGAUUUUACGCUAAUUGUCUUUUGAGGUUACCGAGGGUCCUCAGUAGGGUUCUUCAAUCUCGAAAUCUCGACCCCAAUUUUCGAUCCGCAAUCCAAAAUCCCGAAUCUUGGUCAGCUUUCAAUAAGUCAAAUCCUGGAUACCGAAAAGCCUACUGGGGAUCCAUGUUAUUCUCAAGUGGCUCAUGAAAAUCCGAAAAAAAAAAAAGACGAAAAAAAAACAAAAAAAACGACAAAAACAAACAAACGACUUGUUAAAAGGUUUCUUAAGUUGAAUUUAAUGAUAAAUUACAUUAACACCUAAUUAUCUUCAAGUUACCUAUUGAAUAUUUUAAUCACAAGAUAGUCAUUAUUCGACAGUUAUCUUUCUGCAUAGAAAGAGCUUUCAAUGACAAUUUUCCGUCUGAUAUUGUUUUACAGAGUUCAUAAGCUAACUCGUCUUCAGAAGAGGAUAGUAUAUGGUGGCGAACCACUCCAGGUAUAUUUCAAAAGAGCUUGUGUUGAAGCCUAUCUUUAUCUAAGUGGGCACCUUUAUGCUUGUCACAAUUUAAAUCCCUCCUUAAACUGUCGUAUACGAUAUCUAUUUGAAAAACACAUCCUGGUAGAGCACAGCACGGAUUCAACCUACAUGUAUCUGCAUUUUCUAAUACUUUCUAAUAGCCUAGCUGUUUUACAAUUUCUCCUUAAUUGCACAUUUUAAAGCACAAACUAAUAAAGCAUUCCAAUGGGUACUGGCAAGAGUGAAUCAUUCUCUCUUGGUAUUGGCCAAUAGAAAACACUCCGAAUUUAUAGGAACCGAUAUUACUGAACAUGAUGAUCUCGUUUCCAUUUACUCAAAAUAAAAUUGAAGGGAAAAUUGAUGCAUAUUGAGGCCUUUAGUUCAUUACUUGAAAUUGAUUUGUGCAUUAGAUUAUAUAAGCAAUUAAUGUAACGGAGCAAUAGAGAUAUGAUUCCAUUAAGAAGACUACGAGGAGGAGAUUUUGAAGGCGUGCGUAAACCAGCGUCAUUUUGGCGGGAAAACACGCUGGAUAGCCCCCUUUAUUCUACUACGUGUUUUAGCGAAAAUGUCGUAGUGGCGGAAACAAAUUAAGUUAUCAAAAUGUUAGAAGAUUUCGAUUUGGGCUCCGGAGAAGGCUUCAACGAACCCACAUCCUUUAAUAAAAAUAAAGAUGCUUAUUUUACUGGUGAAAGAAACUUUACUACGCUGAAGCUUUCCAGGGUGUUGAGUUUUGAGAAUACUCGACAAAAAAAACCUGAGGUCAUUUAAAUCUCGUCCGCUAGUAGUCGCCCUUGUUCUCAAAUCUGAAGGUCUCUAAUAUUUACCAUUGGCUUACCUCAGGUGGUAAAAUAUGGACCCUUUGGUCAUUACCAUGCGCACUAUGACAGCUCUAAAAAGUCUGACUACCCUGAAGGGACCGAAUGCUGUCAUUACGAUUUGGCAAAGGCUCCUAUGGGAAAAUGCAGGAUUUGUAGGUAAGUGAUGGACGACUUUUGCAAAUAAAACGCUUUUCCAAAUGCGGUUAAGCCUAAGUUGUUUUUGGACCCAAACAACGAACGUGAUUAUUGCGAUACACGGAAUAACUAAGGUCGAGGUAAAUGUUAUAUAAUGGACAUCCCAAAAACCGUGUCUACUGAACAAUAUUGUUCUAUUGUAUUUUGUUUUGAAGAAAUAACAACAAACGCACAGUCGCACGGAACACUGUUUGACAAAGCUCUUUGAAAUCAUACAUUGCGUGCGCAUCCUACAGAUUAUUCAGUUUUCUGCUAACAGAUAACUAACCGUGAUCUGUUGGUCAGGGUUGCCCUGCUUUCCAAAAUUAACUGUAGGCACUUAGCCAAUGAAAAGACAGAUAGUGAGUACAAUGUGUAAUAAAAUGGCAUAAUGACUUUAUAUACCUAAUUACCCAUAAUGAAAAUCGCGCAAUGUCACUGAAACAUACACUACAUCUUUCCCUUUUGACCAGAUGUCCUCUUUAGCUUUACUCCUAAACACAGUUGCUAUUUAAAAUUACAAAAGACAAUAAUUUGGCUCUAACUGACUAGACUAAGUUAUUAAAACAAGGAUUAGAAACUGCAAAUUAAAAUUUGUAUUACUAAAUGGUCGCAAGGGACUUAAAUUUCUAAAUUGUUGCAUUCAUUUUUUUUCCCUUUUUUUAGUCUUCUUUCUUUCUUUUUCACUGUUCUAACUUAGGCUCAUACUGGAUAGCUUUUACUGCCGGCACGAAAAGCUAUGCGGUUUAGUGUGAACAAAGCCUAAAAAAUGUGUUACGGAAUUCAGGGCAAAACGAAAUAAAAUUCUGGGGAGGAAUCACCUACAAUCUUGGACAAAACUGUUGAGAGAACUGCAUACUUGGGCAGCGUUUUUCUAAACAUCAUAGUUGUUACCGAUUGUCCCUCUCCCACUCCCCCUGGAAGCAAUGUUGUUGUGUUCAAAAGAAAGCCUGAUCCCUCAGCGUUUUUAGGAAGCAACAUUAAACUGGGGGAAGGGGAUUUCUUUUGACAAAGUCGCUGUUUUGGAAAUAGUUUUGUUUCGUAGGAUAGUGUACAUUAUGACAAAAACAUUCUUAAGUAGGUUUUUCCAGGAUUGUGGAAAAAAGGCCUAUUUAAACGCUUGUUUGAAUUUUAAUGGGAGAAUACAAUAUACUAUUUCUUGAUACGUGUAAAAUCUCUUGACCUGGCCCCGGUUUUUUAAAAGCUGGGUAACGCCGUCCACUGGAUAAAUCUUUGUCCAGUGGAUAACGUAAUUAGUUUCUGUAAUACUUAUCCACUGGGUAAUGAUUUAUCUGGGCCCAUCAGUUGUUAGAAAAGUGGAUAACGCUAUCCACUGGAUACAUCACUAUCCUCUAGUGGAUAACGCAAUUGAUUUCCCAAAUACUUAUCCGUUGGAUAGCGAUUUAUCCGGUGGAUAGCGCUAUCCAACGUUUGAACAACCGGGCGGCCUGGACACCAUCUUGGCCUGAGAUACACACUACUUACUAGUAAUUUUGCUAAUUUUCCAUUGUUUUUGUAACGCCGGAUCCCGUUAAUGGUUUAUUUACAGGUACAUCACCAUCCUCUAUUAUCUAAAUGACGUAGAAGAAGGCGGAGAAACUGCUUUCCCUGUAGCCGAUAUGAAAAAUUUCAAUGAAACUGUAAGUUUGCUUAUGCUGCUCCCUAUAAGAAAUGCGUGUAAAGACUGUAUUUUUCUGUCUCUCCUUACCGUAUUAUUCUUCAAUAAAGGGACACAAAUACCCAUUUUCCAGCAAAUGAAACGUGCUACAUAUAAAUACUAUUAUUCUGUCUUACAGUUAUUUCCGAGCAAGGCGUUUCAGUUUUCAAAGAGUUUCCUUCAAUUAUAGAUUAAAAUAAACAACAAAUCAAUAAUUCACUUUAAAAAAAAACUAUUUCGUCAAGACACUAUUUACAAUUCCUUUAGAAAAAAAUUCAUUUCAUUAAGCGAAAAACAUAACAAUAAUAAUAAUAAUAAUAAUAAUAAUAAUUUUUAUUAUUAUUGUUAUUAUAAUAAUAAUAAUUAUUAUAAAUAUUAUCUUUAUUAUUAUUAUUCUAUUUUUAGUUUAUUUCAUUAUUAUGAUAAUUUUUUUGUCUUAGGAAUUCAGAGACAGAAAAGAUGGAGACCGCUUUAACCUGAAUCAUUAUUGUCAAACCGCCAACAUUGUUGUACCAGCAAAAAAAGGGAAAGCUAUCAUGUGGUAUAACUAUAUUCUUGAUGGAACGACAGGUUGGAUGAGCCACAGAGAUGGUAGAUCACUACAUGGGGGAUGCAUCGUAAGGAAGGGAAUGAAAUACAUAGCGAACAACUGGCUUCCUGCUCCAGAAAAUGAUUCAGCUCAUCUUAUAAGCGAAUAUUUUGAAGAACCAGAAGACGAAUUUUAA